AUGGGCCUCCUGUCAGGCAGCUGCCAGGAGCUGCUCAGCCUCGGGCACUCCCUGAGCGGCUGGCACACCAUCUACCUGCCGGACUGCAGGCCUCUGACUGUGCUUUGUGACAUGGACACAGACGGAGGGGGCUGGACCGUUUUCCAGAGAAGGGUGGACGGCUCUGUGGACUUCUACCGUGACUGGGCCGCAUACAAGCGGGGCUUCGGCAGCCAACUGGGGGAGUUCUGGCUGGGAAAUGACAACAUUCAUGCCCUGACUGCCCAGGGCACCAGCGAGCUCCGUGUGGACCUCGUGGACUUUGAGGGCACCCGCCAGUUCGCAAAGUACCGCUCCUUCAAGGUGGCAGGGGAGGCCGACAAGUACAAGCUGGUCCUGGGGGCCUUCGUGGAGGGCAGUGCAGACCAGGACAAUGACCUGAGCUCUUCCAGUUGCUCUGUGACAUACCAGGGAGCCUGGUGGUACACGGAAUGCCAUUCGUCAAACCUGAACGGCCAAUAUCUCAGCGGGGCCCAUGAGAGCUAUGCCAACGGCAUCAACUGGAAGACGGGCAAAGGGUACAACUAUAGCUACAAGGGGUCGGAGAUGAAGGUGCGGCUCACCUAGCCCCCCGGGCCGCCACGCACCUGCUGGGAGAGCCCGCACCUACAAUCACCAUGGCACCAGAGACCUUGAUCUGUGUCCUGCCCCCCUCUCCCCUCCCAGUGUGCUCACCCAGUGUCCACAGCUGGCCCACUGCCCCUGCCCUGUACAGCUGACACAGGCCUUGCAGCCUCCCCAGAGGGAGGUUACGCUUCUAAAACACGUUUGCUUUCUGACAGAAAGUUUGUCAACACUAAAUCUGUGUUCCUGGAACGCCA